AUGUUAGUUCAAUCAUACUCAACAAGUUUUAUAAUUUUAUUAUCUUUGAUUAAUACUUGUUUGAGUGCAAAUUUAGGUGGAUUAGAUACUGGAAGUGGUGUAAAUCAAGCUGCAGCUGCUCAAGAUUCAGAAAUUACAGAAAAGACACAAGCUACAGAAACAAAUACUCAACAAAGUGUGAUAAAUAGUAAUACUCAAACUAAUACUCUACCAACUACAGCAAAUACAAAUACAAAUACAAAUACAAAUACAAAUACAAAUACAAAUACAAACACAAACACAAACACAAAUACUCAACAAUCAACAACACAAUGGUGGACACCACCAAGUUCUCAAAAUGCACCAACAACAGAAUCACAACAAACAUCUAUACAAUCUACAAACAAUGAGCAAACAACAACUUCAGCAACAGGUCAAUCAGUUAGUUAUAAUCAAUGGGGAUUUCAAGGAUCACAAUCAGUAUGGAUAGCUACCACAUUACAAAAUUCAAAUUCUGAAUCAAAUUCUGAAUCAAAUUCUGAUUCAAAUUCUGAUUCAUCAACAUCAAACAGUCAUAGUACAACACAUUCAAUCAGUAAUAACACAUCUAAUGGAAUAAGACAAUACACAAUACACGAUCAAAACAUGAAAUGGAAGAGUAUAACGCUCAUCUCAAGCGUUAUUGGUUUCAGUAUACUUAUAAAUAGUUUAUAGAAAAAAAUAAAUAUUUGAUGUUUCAAUGAAUAACAAGAAACAUCAUAAUAAUAUAAGUAUAGAUCCAUCUCAUCGCAAUAUGACUAUAGAUCCAUCGCAUCGGAUAUUAGCAUUAAAUCAAUUCAAACAAUUAAAUCAAAUUAAAAACAACGAAUUAUCAAUAAUCAAUGAAAUACCAAUCGUAGAUCAAAUAAUUCAAUCAUAUUCACAACAACUACAAAUCAAAAAUAAUCCAUAUUUGAUUAAUUUUAAAGAUUUCAUACCAUUAAUUAGACAAAUUUAUUCACGUAAAUCAAUUUUAUUUUCAAUUGAUAUUGAAGCAUUUGAAAGAAAUAAUAAUAUAAUCACAGAAAUAGGUAUAUCGAUUUAUGAUCCUCGAAAUCAACAGUUUGCAUUGAUUCCUUCCAUUACUAAUAUCCACAUUAGGAUAAAAGAACAUCUUCAUUUAUUUAAUGGUAGAUAUGUACCUGACCAUUCUUUAAAUUUUAAUGGUUCUGAAACUUUUAUUUUAUCAUUAUAUGAAAGUUCAAUAUUUGUACAAUGUUUAAUUGAUUAUUAUUUCAAUUUGGAUAUUAAUACGUUCUUGAUUGGACAUGAUUUCCACAACGAUAGAACCUGGUUGAAAACGAUAGGUGUUGAUUUUCCUGCUAAUGUGAAUAGUAUUGAUACGAAGAAUUUGAUAGCUAUUACUCAAGGUAGACUUGGCGGGUCAUUGCAUAAUAGUCUUGAUAUUGUUGAUAUUCCUCAUAGUUUUUUACAUAAUGCUGGUAAUGAUGCUUAUUAUACUUUAAUACUAGCUAUGAGUUUACUAGAUCCACAAAUUAGAAUAAGGUAUAAUUUAGAUAUUUGUAGAAAUAUUCCUAUAAAAUUGACAAAAGAAGAAAAAUUAAAAGCUAA